AUGGACAACUAUAUUUUUGAUUUAGUCAACAAAUACUACAAGUAAGAAAGCCUUUUUGAAGAAUAUGAUUCUUCAAAUAUUUAAAAUAUCUUACAUCCCCUUUUAGAAAAACUCAGAGAAGUAAAGAUUUUUUAGAAAAGAAAUAAUGAUACAGAGUUUCAAAUAAGAUAAAAAUAAAACAACCGAGUUACUAUUAUACAGCCCUUAAGUUGCUUUGAGACUGUAGAGAGUUAAUAAUAGCACUAACUUCCUUUAUAUUGCAAUAAUUUUGAGUUUCUGAGCCAUUUUAAUUUGAUAAACUAAGAUUGCUGUUAAAACAUUUAGAAAAACCAAAAACAUGGAGAUUCUUUAACAAAAGAACAGCUUCAUGACAUUGAAUUAUAUGGGGCUUUUACAACAUAUUUACAAGAAGGAUAAUAAUAAAAAUGGCAGAUCUCUCAGCAUUUCUAUACUCCUAAAAAUGAAAUGCAAGUAUAAUACAAAUCAAAAGAUAUCAUAGAAAAAUAUAACAUCAAAUUUAGCGAAGACACAAAUAAGAGGAUCAGAGCUAAAAAAUGGAAAUACUUCAGGCUAAACAAAAGAUAUAUUAACUUUAAAGAUGGGAUUUAUACUUUGUUUUACGAUGUACCUUUUCAUUUACUAAAUUUAUUGAUAGGUGUCCCUGUUACUAUCAAGAAAAAAUUAAGUUUAGAUGAAUAUCUUCAAAGCAAUUUUAUUGAUGUUUAACCUGAAAUAAAUUAUUUGAAAAGAUUAAACCUAUUCAAUUAAAAAGAUAUCUAAGAUUUAUUAUUGAAUUGUCCUAUUAUCGAUUUGAUCAGUGAAAUAGUAAAAUAGCUAAAGUGGACUAAAUUUUUAUUUUCACAAAAAAAAAAUUUAUAUCUGUAUAUUUAAAUUGAACUUUUGAAAAGUGUCUUCAGUCGAAAUGGACUAAAACUCAACAAUAAUUAAGACUAUCAAACUAUUUUAGAAAAAAUUUUAGGAGUUUUUAUUAUAAAUUCAUUCAAAACAAAGAUGCAAUCAAACUAAAGCACUUGUACAAAGUUAUUUUAUGAUUGCUUGUCUUUCCUUAACCACUAUCAGCUAGAUUCAUUUAAAGAAAAAUUAUUAAAAAUAGAAAGUAAAUUUGAAAGUGUUAAUUUAAAAAAGGUCUAUAAAGAAUUAACAGUAGACACUAUGUUCGCAUACAGAUAGAAAUACUUUUGGAAAAUUGAGUACUAUUGGAAAAAUAAUACAUUAAAUUAGUCUAUGAAUGCUCUAAAGAAAAACAUUAUUUAUGGGUGUUUUGGUUUUAAAGUAGUAUUUUGUAAAUAAAAUUAUGAAGAUAAAAGCAGAAGAACUUUAUAUGAAAAAUUUUAAGAUAUUAAAUAACUUGUGAGAUAAAGAAUUUAAAAUAAGAUAUAAUAAAGUUAAUAAGAAGAAGAUGAUAAUGAUGAUGGUAUAUUUGGUGAGUGCUGUUCAAGCUAAGUGCCAGUGAGAGAUUCAAGAUUCUGUAAACUUAUAAAUCCAGAGAAUAAAAAAGAAUAAUCAGAGAAAUAAGAAAAUUAAUUUAUAAUAAAUAAUAAUUUGUUAAAUAUUGAACAAGAUAACUAAAUAUUUUAUUCAUUUUGUUAAUCCUCAAGCAAUUAGAAAGAGUAGAAUGAUGAAAAAAGAAAACUUGUAUACUUAUCAUUUGAAUAAAUUAGAAUAGCUAUAGACUGCAUCAUCAGAUACUAAAUUGUUAGAAACUGUCUUUAAUAACUACCGUUCUAAAUGAACAAUAUUCUAGGUAAAAUUAAAGAAAAUGCUGAAGCUUUUGAGUUAGAAUUCUGCCAUUUAAGUAAAAUUUAUUAGUUUGGUGGUGAAGCAAACAAUUAAGAAGAUUUAGAGUUUUUACAAGACAUAGAAAAUAAUGACAAUAAUACUAUUGAAAAAGAAGUAGACUAAUUUCUUGGUAUAUAUUUUGAUAGAUAAAAGUUCAUGAAAGAAAUUGACUUUGAAAAAUUAAACUAAGUAUUUGAGCCAAUCAUAAAUCAUACCUAAAAUAUCAUAACUAGCUUUUGUAAGAGAGAUGAUUCUCCCUCAUUCAAUUAGUAUUUUAGUUAAUAGGAUUAAGGUGACAAGAUUGUACUCAAACCUUUAUUAAAUGACUUUGACUUAUUUACUAAAAAAAUAUAAACCGGUGCUUAUGACAUAGAAUAAAGAAAUAUUGAUCAAGUUGUAAUUGAGAUGAAUAAUUAAAAUCCUAAUAAAAAACCUGAAUAAAAAUAAUAAAUUUAAAAAUCUUUAGAUCCAUUAAAUAAAUAGUAAAUUUAGAGCAUUAAAAAGAUUGGAUAGUUUACAGUGUUUAAAGAGAAAGGUACUGAAAUAUGGGGAGUUUUAGAUUCUUUUUACAUUUCUUAGUAAUCUCUAAAACAUUCUUAUUAAUAAAGCAUUCAGAAAUACACACAAGAUAUAAAAGAACAAUUUUUAGACUCAGAAUGUACUUGGAAGAGAUACUGGACAAAUGAAUGGGAAAAUAUGUAGUUUAGUAAAUGGCAUAUCAACUUAUUAGAUAGCUUAAUAACUUUUUAUCAUAUUCCUCUUCACCUUCUAAAUGCCAUAAUAGGAAUUCCUUUGAAGAGAGUUGAAUUUUAGAAAAUUUCAAGACUAACUUAUGUUAAUGAAAUGAUAAAUAAAUCAACAAUAAAAAGGGUGCCUUAAGAUUAUGAUUAGCUUAUUCAAAAUUUACUUAAAAAUAUGAAUGAUGAUUUAAAUUAAGUAAACUUUUAACUGAGAGUAAUCUUACAACAUUUGGUUGUAUUUUUAUAAUGGAAUAAGCAACUAUAUUAAGAGGUUUAAUACCUAAAACUGUCCUUACUCUUGAAAACGUAUGAGUAAUAUUUUAAUGAAGUGUCUGGGGAUUUUGGAUAAUAAGAAAAAUUUUAGCAAUUUCUUAGAGACUUUAAAGCGUUUUAUAUUGUAAAAUAUUUCAAGAGUAGAAUAAGAAACGAAAUAACAAUCAACUAGAAUUCUGUUUGUGAUUGCAUUUAUUUUAUAAAAUAGCACAACCUUCCUUAAGGAUAUGAAAAUUAAUAUCUUAAGAUUUUUUAAAUAUUAAAUGAGUCCUAAAAUUUCAAACCUAAAAAAUAAGAAAUCAUUAAUUAUUACAAUAAUAACAAUAUUGAUAGGUCGACUUACUUCUGGAAGCUAAUUUAUUAUUGGAAUAAUUUUAAAAUUUAUUUGAUGGAGAUGGAUUCAGUUUAUGAUGCUAUUGUAAAUGGUGCUUUUGGAUUAGUUGUUUUUUUUAGCUGUAAAAAAGAAGCACAUUCAAAAGUAGUAGUUUCAGGAGUCAUAUAUGAAGACUAUCAUAAAACUUUGAGCUAAAUGUUUAGAGAAAUUAAGUAGUAGAUAGAGCAGAAUAGUAAAAAAUUUAAAAAUAGUGCGGAAAAUGUGGAAGAUGAAAAUGAUGAUGGUGGAAUUUUUGGCGAUUGUUGUGGUAGAUUUAAUUGUGGAUUUUACAUUAGAAAUUACUUUUGCUUAUAUUUCUUGAAGGGAAUAGUUUUCAUAAAUAUUGUGCUAAGAUUAGUCUCUAUAGUUUACAUUUUAUUUUUAUCACUAGCUUACUUCUUAGCUUACUUUGUAAUUUUAUUUUUCGUUCUAUUUCAGAUGAUUUGUGCACUAUUUGUUUUUGACUUCUCCAAUCCAAGAAGCGAAAAAGAAGAAUUGAAUUUAGUUUAUCCUAUUUUUUCUCCUGUUUUAUAGCUCAGUAUAUUUAGAGCAAAAGCAAUAGAGUAAAAGCUCAUCCAUGUUAUUUCUAAGAGAAUUGCUUAUAAUAAAAAAUAUAUGGAAAGUCUUGAAAAUUUACCAUUUAAUAAAAAAUCUAACUAAAUUAUUUAAAGGUUUGAAAAAGAAACUAGUUAAUUUUAGUAAUAAGUAGAAAAUAUGUUUAGUGAAUUUUACAAGAAGAGCUAUUAAAUAGAUAUUUAACCUAACUAAUAGUUCUUUUAUGAAAAGAAUGAGCUUGAUUAACUCUAAAUAUAAAUUAUUGAUUUCUUACAACAACUCUCCAGCCAAGAUCAAAGACUGUUUGACUAAAUCUUUGAAAUUCUAGUUAUCAAGAAAAACGAUUAUAAAACUCUUUCUCAAUACUUAAUUACUUAAAUUUUUAAGAAUCAUGUUAAAAGUGAAGAUAAAACAUUUGAUUCAGUUUAUCAUGAAUUAACAUCUUUUCCAACAAAUAAUAAGUAAGAAAUAAUAGGUUGCUCUAUUGAAGAUAUUAAUAAUUAUGUGGCAAAAAAUUUCUGUCAAACAAUUUAUCUAUUUGAAAACACAAAUCUAGAUUAAAAUUGUAAGAAUGUUUGA